GUCACACUGACAAUCCCGACUACUCUCAUUCCUGCCACUUGGACCACUGGUCUCAGCUUGCCGCAUGCUCAAUUCAUGUCCGACUGCCGUCACGAUGCUAGGCUAGCAUUCUGCCAACCCGGAUGACAAAUGACGUGCCCCACCUGCUUCCAUCAUCUUGAUCUUUGAUCGACCGACUUCACUCACGUCUUCGUUCCAACCGAUUCCUUGACCUCUUCACUCCUCUCAUCAAGCUUGCGAUCAUGUUGGCAAUCAUUGGAGCUUCUGGUAAGCUUGGCGGUGCUACGCUGGACGCCCUUCUUGAAUACAAUCUUUUGCCCAAGGACCAGAUAGUAUGCUGCACCUCGUCAGAACCUGGGAGUGACACUUGGUCCUCUCUGGAGAAGAAGGGUGUUCAAGUUCGUCAUGCCUCUUUCGAUGAUAAAUCUUCCCUUGAGAUUGCACUUUCUGGUUGCGACAAGUUCUUCCUCGUCUCCACCCCAAACAUCGACAUGGACUACAACGAUGCUCCUUUGGGUUCGGGUCGCGAGAAGCAUCACUUCACUGCCAUUGAUGCUGCGCAGUCUGCCAACGUGCAACACAUCUACUAUAGCUCCCUGGCCUUCCAGAACCCUUCGAAAUCUCGCGUCAUGCAGGCCCACAUUCGCACCGAGGCAUACCUCGCAAAGCUACCUAUCAACUAUACCAUCAUGCGUGAGGGUCUCUACAAUGAGAGCUGGCCGCUGUAUGCAAGUUAUCACGACCUCAAGGAUGACCAGCGCUCCGAAGUGCCCAUUGCUGGCGAUUCUCCUAUCAGCUGGACCGCCAUCUCUGAUCUUGGCCUUGCCAGUGCUCUGGUGAUUGUUGCACCAUCAUCUGAAUAUGCACACAAGACUUUCUAUCUGUCGCGCACUGAAGGGCCUAGAACCAUAAAUCAAAUCCUCGACAAGGUCUCGGCCGUCAGGUCCAAGAAAGUCUCUACAAAGACUGUCACACGUCAAGAGCUCGAGAGCUAUUAUGUCAAAGACAAGAAACUGUCAGAGCCUGCCGCCAAGUGGUGGGCAGCUACUUAUGAUGCUCUGAGAGACGAGGAGUGUCUGAUCAAUGAUCUAACUCUCGAGAAACUACUGGCCACCAAGGGAAAGAAGCCUAAGCCUGUGGAAGAAACGAUAGAAGAAAUGCUUCGUGCUUAAUUAAGUUCAAGUCGGACAAGCACCAGUCUAAUAAGCCAGAUCCUUGUCCCCAUCCGUCUCGACGACCCAAUCAUAGACCAAACGGAGCUUGUAUUCCUCCUUGCCCCUCUUGACGAUAAUACGUCGCGUGUGUCGUUUCUGCCCAUCCACUACCUCGAAGCCCCAUACCUGGUCUGCAGUCCAAUUGGGCUUCUUGCCUACGCUGUUCACAAUACUCUGGAAAACCUCACGAUCUCCUUCGGCCAGAAACUUCUCAUCCCAACCCUGCUUGAGGUAGUCGUGCUCGAUUUCAUCCAACUUGACGAACCGCGAGCGCCCAGUGACCAUUCCGAAGACCUUGUCAUCCUUCUCGUGCCACGCGUAGUCCACUACGCGCUCUUCAGUGUUGCGAAUAUUUCCAGUUGUGACUUGCUCAUUGUCUAUGUGCUCCAGCCCAUUUUCAUCAACGAACUGC